AUGGUCUACUACAUUCAAUUCCUGAAAACCCCAAGGGUUUCACCGAAGAAAGGCUCACUCUUUAUCUCCGCACUUAUUUGCAUCACCACGGACCUGGGAGACGAUUUCCUCGCUGAAGAUGUCGAAUUAAUCGUUUCCUCAAUUCACAAAUCCCCAGGAUUUGAACAGAAAGUGACAUGGAACGCCGGGAAUCGUGAACUGGCCAUUAAUUUGGGCCCCCUCCCGUCAGCUUUGGUCCAGCAGUCCAUGCAGCUGAGCAUCAAACUUCAGCCCGAGGUCACUGGGGAUAGAGCUCUAGUGCCAUUGGUUAUGGCUGCCACAAGUGCACCGUUUGGGCUCAAGUUGCCUGCAGAGAAAUUGGUUCUCAGGGACGGACCUCGCGAGGGUUUGAAUAUUUGGGAGGAAACUGGGAAUAGCAUUGCCCGACAUAUAUGGGAUGCGGGCCUCGCCUCAGUGAUAUACUUGCAGAGGGCACUGGAAGAUAUAAAAACAAGAGCUGGCAAACCAAAAUACAAACAUCUCGAGUCAAAAAUGCCUGCUUUAACACGGCUCUUAUCCACCGCCCGCAGCUCACCAAUUCAAGUGGUUGAGUUAGGGGCAGGGUGUGGGAUAGUAGGCAUUGCCUUGGCGAGCUUGCUACCCAACUGCUCAGUUUUACUCACGGACCUCCCCGAGGUCGAGUCGAUAAUAACACGGAACAUUGAAGAGGCUCAGACGGCACCCCAGUCGAGUGUUGAAUAUCAAAACCUCGACUGGGACAACCCCCCGGAUGACCUAUGCAACCGGCCCAUUGAGUUAAUCUUGGUUUCGGAUUGCACCUACAACGCAGAUAGCUUGCCCGCACUAGUCAAUGUGCUGGACCGAUUGGUUCGGACAUCCCCGGACGCAAUUAUCUUGGUGGCUCUGAAGAGACGACAUGACAGCGAAACAGUUUUCUUUGAUCUGAUGAGCUCUGCAGGGUUUACAGCUGUGCAGGACAGUUUACAGCUCCCCUCUCAACAUGAUCAGUCCUUUUUCCAGCUCGACCCUGCCUUUGGAACCCCCAAAGGCUAUCGGUCAUUACGGCUCCAGCCUCUCGUCAGCUUCUUAGCCAAAUUGUCUCCACUCGACGUCAACGCGACACUCUUAACAACAUUCCACCUCCUGCUUGCGGUUUCUAAGCUCUCGUCCGGUGCGCCUUUUUUCGUCCCGUUGACGUCCCACGAGAUUAUUCCCUCGUUCUCUGAGCUGCCGCAUAGGACUUCUUCGAAGGGUCCCAUCAGCAGUCAUGGAGAGGACAAUCUGUUGCAAUCUUCCUUGACCGCCAAGGAACUGGUUCUGGAUGUGUUGAAGAAGCGGGCCACUGAGGUGGAUGUGGACCACUGUGGUCCUGGUGAGGAGGAUGCUUUCUACGUGGCGGAUAUGGGGGAGGUUUACCGCCAGCAUAUGCGCUGGAAGAUGAAUUUGGGCCGUAUCAAGCCCUUCUAUGCUGUCAAGUGCAACCCGGACCCCGAGGUUCUGCGUCUCAUGGCCCAGCUUGGAAACGGUUUCGACUGUGCCUCCAAGUCGGAGAUCGAUCUGGCCCUUCAGACGGGCAUCGAUCCUAGCCGCAUCAUCUAUGCGCAGCCCUGCAAGACCAAGUCCUACUUGCGCUUUGCCUCCGAGGUCGGCGUUAAGCAGAUGACCUUUGACAAUGCCGACGAGCUUUACAAGAUCAAGGCCACCUUCCCCGAUGCGGAGCUGUACCUGCGUAUCCUGACCGAUGACUCGACCAGCCUGUGCCGGUUGAGUAUGAAGUUUGGAGCCUCCAUGGAUAUGGCUCGUCCGCUGCUCGAACUGGCUUACGAGCUGGAACUCAAUGUCGUCGGUGUGAGCUUCCACGUCGGUUCCGGCGCCGAAGAUCCCUCGGCGUUCCUCAAGGCUGUUCAGGAUGCGCGCGUGGUCUUUGACCAGGCCGCAGAAGUGGGCCACGAGCUUCACACCUUGGAUGUUGGUGGUGGAUUCUGCCAGGACAGCUUUGAGAAAUUCGCGGGCAUUCUAGGUGAAGCCGUGGACGCUUGCUUCCCGCCGCACAUCCGUGUCAUUGCCGAGCCUGGCCGUUACUAUGUGGCCACCGCGUAUACCCUGGCCGCCAAUGUCAUCGCGCGGCGAGACAUUCCGGACCCCACGGACCCCUCGCGCGACGCAUACAUGUUGUACCUCAACGACGGUGUCUAUGGCAACUUCUCGAACAUCAUCUUCGAUCACCAGCACCCGAUCGCCCAGGUCCUCACCUGCGCCUCAGAGCCCGGCACUCCGAACUCUGCGACUUCGGAGAAGAUCACUUACUCCAUCUGGGGCCCGACCUGUGACGGCAUUGAUGUCAUCAGCGAGAAGAUCGAGCUUCCUGGCCUGCUCAACACUGGUGACUGGCUCUAUUUCGAGGAUAUGGGCGCCUACACCAAGUGCAGUGCUACUCGCUUCAACGGAUUCUCCGACAACCAUGAGGUGAUUUACAUCUCGAGCGAGACUGGCGCUUCGGCCCUGCUCAACUACUAG